UCUCCGCCCCACUUCGCCCUUUCCGUGCCGCAGCCAUGGUGCGGCGGCUGCGCUACCCGGAGCAGAAGCUGCUGAGGCGGCUGUCGCUGGUGAGCUGGGAGGCGGCGAGCGGCGUGGCCGAGGUGCGGGCGCUGCGGCGCUACCGCCUGGGUCGCCGAGAGGAUUGGGCUCGCUAUAAAGCUUUAGCCCGGGCCGUGCGGGGCUUAGCCCGGCGCCUCCGCGAUUUGGGGCCGUCCAGCGAUGCUUUCCGAGCCCGCUGCGCCGCCGCCUUGCUGGACAAGCUGUACGGUUUGGGGGUGCUGAGCUCCCGCCGCUCGCUGGCUCUGUGUGAGAAGGUGUCGGCCGCCUCCUUCUGCCGCCGCCGCCUGCCCUGCGUGCUGCUGAAGCUGCGCAUGGCGCAGGACCUGAGGCACGCCGUCACCUUCGUGGAGCAGGGCCACGUGCGGGUAGGGCCCGAGGUGGUGACCGACCCGGCGCUGCUGGUGCCGCGCGCCGUCGAGGACUUCAUCACCUGGGCCGACGGCUCGCGCCUGCGCCAGAAGGUCCUCGACUACAACCAGGAGCGCGACGACUUCGACCUGGCCGCCUAGGGAUGUGUGGGUCGGGGGGUGGCUGCUGGCCUGCUGGCUUCUGGGGGGAACGCUGACUGCCACAGAGCACUGAAAUGAUGGCACCAGGAGCAGACAGUCGACCGCCAAAUCCCUAAAAUCCCCCAAAACACGCCCAGGAGGACACGUGCUCACUGUCAGCACAGCUGCUUUUACCAUCGACAUUCCUUCUUUAACACCACGCCACGUGGGCAGACAGCACCACAAACUGCUCAGACAUCACUCUGAAAACACCCGGCCCCGUGCAUCCCUGCAAGGACAGCGCACUCAGGGAGCUUUCUGCGAGCCUGGCGCUGCCAUUUCAAUGCCUCAGAUGCCAAGCAGCAGGAGGACGCUUUCAUUAAGCCUCCUGUUUGGGGACAGAGCGCCGAUGCCACCCUGCUUGGUGACCUGGACACCACUUGCCAAAAGCAGCCUCGUCCUGGGAGGUUCUGCUUUCACCCAGCACAACUCAGGGGGGUUUGCCGUCAGCAAAGAGGCCGAAGAGUGAAUUUCUGGAACUGUUAAAAGUUGUAGCCCCAAACGGAAUAAAUACAUAAGUAAAAGCUAAUGUUGGUUUUGUGUAAAGUCAUAAGGGGAAGCCUGACUGGCAGGGCUGAGCCCUGUGGCUGUGGGGGCUCUGGCUGGGGAGGGUUGUGGUGAAAGCAAACCUGAGCAGUUCUAGGGCUGUCAGGAGCUUCAUUCGCCUUUGAAAAAAAGGACAGAAGAGCAAAAAUAGACCAAGUUGGUUUAUGGUGUUGAAGAAAUGCAGUAUGCUGACUUAUGAUGGAGUUUACCUGAGUCUUCCUAGUAAUUCUAAAACAUUCCAGUGAGCCCUGCUUGUCAUCUUACAGAACAUUUUUUUUAUGUAACUUUUAUGUAACUUUUUUUUUUCCAGCUACAGGCUAUUACAGAAUUAUAAAGUGCU